AAGCUCUACCGUGCUCUCCCUACAAUCAUAGAUAUGUAAUCUUUGAUCGAUCACCUCUACAUCACCUAGUACGACGAUGAGAGACCAUGACAUAACUUGGAAAAAAAACCAUGGUACGCAUCAAACAUCGCUACCUCCUCUUCAACAUCCUCUACCCGACCGACGUCUCCGCAGUGCCAUUUGAACAUACAAUUACUCGCACUUCUACCCAAUAUCAUCACGCCGAUCACACGCCCUCCGCCACAACCAAAUCUGCGCCCAAGCCAACGCCAACACCACCAACAUUAUCCAGCCACACAUCCAGCCUCACACCAACACCAAGACCAACACCUUCAUUCAUCACCAUCCACCGACCCAGCCCCUCUCAUCUUACGUCCCAGCUCCUACUAUCGACAUUGCGACACACGAUAGCGCACAACUUUGGCGACCACGGCUUGGCCGUCGUGCAAGCCGGACUGCGCGUCGUGUAUUUCUCUCCUGCCACCUCGACUUGUAUACUGCGCUGUCCUCGAGCUCAGGUCAGGCUUGUGUGGGCUGGUUUGACUUUCUUGGACGGGUUUCCAGGGUCACAGAGAGGGGGUGCCGAUGUCGCUUGUGUGGUCCAGGUGGUGCGUGUGAGUGGUACGAUUCGUAAGAGUGAGGAGGAGUUGGUGAGGAGAGCGAGGAGGGAUAUUGUGAGGGCGAAGAUGGAGGGUUGGGAUACUACAGGUGAGGAAGUCGACAUUGAUGGCAAGCUAUUAAAGGGUGUUACCGGUGGUGCUGCCACUAGGGGACAACAAGGUCGAAUGGCGUUGGCGUCUAAUAUCGCAGGGUCGGAUGGAAUAGAGGAUAUACCUGACGAGGAGGAGGACGACGAAGACUUAGACGACGAUAUGAGCGACAUGGAUGAAUGAUACAAGGCUGCAUCUUACCGUGGGGUAUCACAUCUAUUAAUUGACAGCAGUUUCAAGUGGCAAUAUAACCAACCGACAUCAGUGGAUGUCAUGAAGGUCCUCUCUCCUGUCUUUUAUCACCUUUCCGCCGAACCUUGACCCCUCCAUCAAAAGGGACAUCUUUCCUAAAAUCAUCCAAGUCCAUAUCAUCACCAAGAGACAUGCCACCAUUUCCAC